UGCACUUUACCUAGACAUAUGCGUAUAGACGACUGUGUGACAACAAAAUUAACUUCAGUGUUUUAACACUUCUGCUGAAAAAAUGAAUAAGAUCGGUCUAGUUUUUGUCGUGUGUGUUUUGUUGGCGGAGGGAAUAUUUGCGGCUGGUACAUGCGCUAGUUCACCUGAUUGUCAGCUUUUCUCAAACCAAGACGAUGGCAUGGUCACACUUCAAGACCUGUCACAGAAAGUUGCGGGACAACAUUGGAUAAUGCUUUAUUACACCGAAUUUUCUGACACACAAACCUUCGGAAAAUGUAACUUUAGAUGGAAUGCUGCCGAUUCGGAACAAAACAUAAGAAGGGAGCUAAUGUGCUAUAAUAGGCAGACGAAUGACUGUUUUGAUGUUGGACAAAUAGUCACACGAAGAGUUGAUGAGUGCAGCAGAGGAACGGAGAACAACGCAACGAGCAUAAGAAUGGAAGGGAAAUUUUACAGUCAGGAUAUCAACCAGUAUUUUUGGUAUGACAACUGCUGCGGUUACAACGAGGCUGACGAAUGCACGCUCCGCUAUCUAGAUCUCCUUGUCAGCAAGAAUAUUUAUCCUGAUUCUCUCAACGGUGAACUUGACCUACAAGGACUUCCCUGGCAUCAUAUUGCUGCUGACCUUAAAAACCACUUUGGAAUGAAAUUCUCAGACACGAGAAUGAAGUUUGCUUGGAAGGGACCAGAUUGUGGAUUUGACGGGAAGAUCAAAACAAGCAGUGCGAGUCGAGGAGAAUUGAAUGUCGUUGCAUUUGUUAUUAUGUCGAUGUUAACCUUCAUGUUUUAAAAUACGUGCCUUAUCAUGUAAUAUGUAAAUUCUUUAACCUGGCUCAUAAUGAACACUCAAUAAAACAACAGUUAUAUUUGCUGAGUAGAAUUCCAUACACUAAUCCUGUAAUGAAAUAAUAGCUGAUUGUUUUUGGCAAUUUAACAUGUCUCUGACAAUAAUUUGUGCUCUUAGACUGCCAAAGACCACUUAGAUUGUGGUUUUUAUGUGGUGUUCUCAAUAUUGAUGUUAUCGGUACAUGGGUAGAUCAAGUUUAUUUAUAGAGUAUAACUGGCUAGAAUGUCUUUAUUAAUACACUAUUUUUAUUAGAAGAGUAAAACAUAACUUCACUGAUGAUGGUCGUAUGAUAUGACCUGAAUACACAGUGAUGGAAUGGUUAGAUAUUAUGUGCUGGGUAAAUAAUUUACGUAUUUUGACAAGUCUAGUUGCUAUAUCAUUACAAAUACCUCAAUAUUAUUAUCAUGUAUAGUAUAUUUUAACAUAAAUUGUAUUAUAGUAAGUUCUAACACGACCAGCAAAUAACCUAUAUAUACAUGUAGAACAAAAUCUGUCAUGGGUUAUUCUGCAAUAAACCACUUGCAUGCAAUGACGUCAUCCGAUCCAGGUGCGUAGCACGGUCGUAAAAAGUAGUUACCAGUUUUUCUAACACAAUUAAUACUAGUGUGUCGUGUUAGAAUCGAAAUAGCA